UGGCAGACGCGAGGCCAAUGCCGCGGCGCUGAGAGCCGUGUCUGCUGGAGUAGGGCAGAGAGGAGCGUUUCUCUGAGGGAGAAGUUGGCUGGAGGUGCUGAAGAUGGCGGAUGGAGACAGCGGGAGCGAGCGCGGGGGCCUCCAGCACUUCCAGCGGGAGCAGGAGACCCAGGAGCUGGCGUCCAAGCGCCUGGACAUCCAGAACAAGCGCUUCUACCUGGAUGUCAAGCAGAACGCGAAGGGCCGCUUCAUUAAGAUAGCGGAGGUGGGCGCGGGGGGCUCCAAGAGCCGCCUGACACUUUCCAUGUCCGUCGCGGCCGAGUUCCGCGACUACCUCGGGGAUUUCAUCGAGCAUUACGCCCAGCUGGGGCCGAGCAGCCCGGAGCAGAUCGCGCAGUCGUCCGCCGGCGACGACGGAGGGCCGCGGCGGGCGCUGAAGAGCGAGUUCUUGGUGCGCGAGAACCGCAAAUACUACCUCGACCUGAAGGAGAACCAGCGCGGGAGGUUCCUGCGCAUCCGCCAGACCGUCAACCGAGGUCCCGGCUUCGGCGUCGGCGGAGGAGGGGCCGGUCCCGGCGGCGGCGGUGUGCAGGCCGGCCAAACCAUCGCGUUGCCGGCGCAGGGCUUGAUCGAGUUCCGAGACGCGCUCGCCAAGCUCAUCGACGACUACGGCGGGGAGGACGAGGAGCUCAGCGGGGCGCCCGGAGCCGCGGGGGGCUACGGCGAGCUCCCCGAGGGCACCUCCAUCAUGGUGGACUCCAAGAGGUUCUUCUUCGACGUGGGCUCCAACAAGUACGGCGUGUUCCUGAGGGUCAGCGAGGUCAAGCCCAGUUACAGGAACUCCAUCACCAUCCCCUUCAAGGCCUGGGGGAAGUUCGGAGGAGCUUUCUGCCGCUACGCCGAGGAGAUGAAGGAGAUCCAGGAGAGACACCGGGAUAAGAUGUACGAGAGGAGAGAGGAGUCCGAAGGCGAGGACGUGGACGACGACUGACCCCCCCCCCCGGGAGAUGUGUGAAACAAUAAGUGCAUGAACUGAACUCAAAUAGCCUACUAAAAUAUUCAUCGGACAGAAAAAUAGAUCUGUGAAGUUUCUAUGUGGUGAGGGUUUGGGGAGGGGGGGACUAAGUUUGAAGCCAUGGGGCGAGUAGGAUGUCUCGUGGGGUUUGAUUUAUUCCUGAUGCUGCCCUGUCCUGUGAAACCAGCAAGUUUAAUUGUCUUAGCUCACAAUUAAACAUUUGUUACAUCAACGCCAAGGCUGCUGAAUUUCAAAAGCAGCAUGUAUACGACAAAACAGGCUGUAAGGGUGUAAACAUGUUUUUAGAGGGGAUAUACAAGUAUUUACUAUAUAUAUAUAUAUAUAUAUAUAUAUAUAUAUAUAUAUAUAUAUAUAUAUAUAUAUAUAUAUAUAUAUAUAUAUAUAUAUAGCGUCACUGGUCUUCAUGGUGUGUUUCCAACCAAGGCAGCAUGGGACUUUCUAAACGUAUGUGUUCCCAGAUGAUGUUUUCCCUUUUAUAUAGACAGAUGUUCCCUAAGUUAGUGUUUUAGGGUUUUUUUUUUUGUUCUCUCAUCAACACGACUUGUAUGGUUUGGCCAACUUGAUUGAGCACUGAAACGUUUUAAAUUCAGAUUUGGAACAGACUUUGACCCCCUGUUUUUGAGUUUUUGCGCGUUUCACGGCGAGACUUUUUAAAGUCACACUCUGACUUCGUUACAGGCGUUAUUGACGAAAAGGGUUACUUCGUGCACAUCCUUCCACCGGUGCUAUAAAUCGACAGCGAUAGGUUUUGGUUUUGGGGUCAACAUGCGAAAAAAAAAACAACCUUCUUUUUCCGACUUGGGUCCAAGUCCCUUCCGAAUAUUUAAGGACAGAUUGCUUAAGUCAAUAGACGCGUGAUAUAAGUUGAUAUAAAGGACAGAAAUACGCGGGCGAGUGUAUUUUCACCCCGUCCCAUUUUGCGUCGUCUUUCUAUUUUAUUUAAUUUUUUUUCCCCCAUGUGAGAUUGUUCUUUAUCAGAGAAUACGAAAACAAGCCAGCAUAUUUUUGAAUACGCAAAGUAAAAAUUAUAUGUAAACUACGGAAUUACUAAAGCUCGAGAAAGCUAAUUUUUGUAAAAAAGAGAAAUAAGCUGGGAUUGGAAGACUGUCCAGUGGUUUUGUUUUGUGGAAGACUAGAUUAGCCUUGCAGAAAAAAAAAACAAAAAACAAACGUCGCCCUCCCGAGCUCCUCCCACGACCUUUUUGAGUUUACAGCACGCACUUCGUUACGUUUUUUUUUUUAACUUUCCUGCGCGAUUUAAUAACGAACAUCUUUCCGGUGGUCUCGUGCGUCCAUUUUCUGUGCAUGCCCGUCCCGCGUUUGCCUUUUUAUUUAAUUUAUUGCUUUCUCUUGCGUAGUAUCUGCAGCUAUAUUAAUGCGAGAUUUCUGUUUAGCCUUUCACCAAAAAUACGGAAAAAGUAGACCAAUGGGUUAUGAUGGAGAAAGAUUGUUAACGACGUUAAACGCAUUUCAUCCAUGCACUUUAGUGAAAACGUGACACUCCUGCAUCCACGGGCGAAUAAUUGAACUUUUUAUUAUUAUUAUUACCGUUACUAUUAUUAUUUGGGAGCAACGGCGUUUUGUGCUGAUUUGUGAAGCCUCCUUUGACCCGUUUCGUGUUAAAUGGCAGCUGUCGAAGUCGUGUGUACUGCUGUGAUCCUUCCUAAAAACGCAAGAGGGACGAAUUGCGUCCCUGCGUUGCGAAACGUUUUCACGCGCCUCCCAUCGGUUUAGGCCGCGGGGUUGUUAACGGAUGCCGGGCCUCGGCCCUCGUUCUCCGUGCUUCCACGAUCGCAGCAGCUGUUUCUCCUCAGCGGCGCGCUGACUUAGCAGGCCGGCUAUUUUAAUGCGAGGAGCGUGAACGGGGCGAGCAUUCCUGGAUUCAGCUGUGCAAGUUUGCUCCAUGGCGCGCCGAGGCACAAGGCCCCGAUUGUUGGGCCCGUUCGCACGCCACCGCGAACGCUAUUACGUCAGCAGGCCGCGUUCGACGCACGUGACGGGGGAGGACAAACCCGUCGCGAUCGAGUGUUUUUUUGUGCACGCUUUAAAAAAACAGGCAGCCGGGCCUAAACGGCGGCAGAAAGCGUGACACAGCAGCUGUUGGCAGGACAUUCCUGCUUCACCCCCCUCCUCAGCUGCCGUUCGGGUUGCUCCGCUAAACUGAGCGCUUGCAGACGGGAGGCACCAUUCGGGACUCGGGGGGAGGAGGAGGGGGGGCGCGGGUUGGCUUUACGGCACGACUGUUCUGGCCACGUUUUCAGCGCUCCUCGUCUAAACCGGCAGCGUCCGUGCGUUCGUUUUGAUUGUAUGACAACCAUCAGUACUAAUAGUGAAGUGAAUGUGUGUCACGUGGAGAAACCGAGACUUGUCGUUUCGAGCAACGAAAAGCCAUCCGAAAGCAUUAUUUUUUUUUUUUCGAUUAUAUCGCAGCACUUUUUUCGUUUUUUGCUUAAUAAAAAAAAGAAAUCGGGCACAAAUCCCGCGCGGAAAACCUGAAACGGACUUUCUUUCGACUGAACUUGGCUGUGUUUAUUUCAGAUGUAUUAUAUAUAUAUAUAUAUAUAUAUAUAUAUAUAUAUAUAUAUAUAUAUAUAUAUAUAUAUAUAUAUAUAUAUGCUUAAAAAAUAUAAAUAUAUAUAUAUAUGUGCUGUAAAGGUUUGUGUUUUGUUUCCGCCUUAUUGUCACUUAAAAACCAAAAAAAAACGGGACAGGAAGCAAUACUCAUCCAGAGGGAUGGGAUUAUGAGUUCAUUUCCUGUCAGGCUCUUCGCCGACUCUCACGAUUGGCUGGUUUGUCUUCCUGUUUCCUGAGGUUGGGAUUUGUGCAAAGUGGUGUGGGGCGUCUGCAUACUUUUCGAUGAACAAUACCUCCGUACCGCUGUACGAAAGAUUGGAAAACUUCUGCAAGAAUGUUCUGUUAUUCCAGGUGACUCACCCGAGCUCUUAACAGCAUCCACGUGUCAACCACGUUUUCCUGAUCGUACGCACAAGAGCAGCAAUUCACAGAACAAUCUUUAUCGAAAAGGUAGCUAUUUUUCCAAUAUCUUACGUGUUCAGCAGAGAGUUUAACGUUGGAAUGCCCUCGUCUGGUUUAAACUCAGGUUCUUGGCAUCCUCCGUGCAUAUAUUCGCUCGAUUCAUUUUCUAUCUGUUACUUGAUACUGAAGUUACGGAGCGAGUUCAUGGCUACUGCAGGACACUGUCAAGAGCUCAGGUCUCAGAUACUCAAAGUAUCUCCACCCAUCCCAUCAAGCCUCGCCCCUCACGCUUAAGACUGCCUCUCUCAGAACCGGCAGCCUUCCAUUUUUCCCACGGCUAAACCUUUUUUUUUUUCUUUCAGAGAUUUACAAGUCUAUAUUUAGAAAAUGCUAUGUAUGUUUGUAACAGAAUAAAGGAAAUUAUAAGUGAUGGAAAGCAAA